UGUCCGAGCAGUGAGACGGAGUGGAGAUCUAGUGGCCCCGUGUGUCUGUCGUCUUCUAUCUUGAAUCUCGAUUGAACGCGAUCUCGUAACUUAAAAUUAUCUUGUGUGAAUUACUUUAGAAUCGUGUGAUUUAUAAGAACUGUCAGCCAGCAAGAGAAUCAGCCCACACCUUGUGCUAAGUGGCGGACGGGAAAAUAACUGGUUUAAAGUCUUCUGUCAAGUGAGAAGGCUGAGAAGGUUGUGGAGGACUGGGCAGCAAGAUGGGUCGCGGCGUCGAAAUGAACGGCUGCGGCAAAUGCGUUCGCAUUAUGAUGUUUGGAAUCAACUUCAUUAUAUGGGUUGCGAGCAUAGUCAUCCUAGUACUUGGUAUUUGGACAGUCGUUGAUCGCCCAUAUUUGGAGGAGUUGCUCGGCAAUGAGAUGUACAUGAACGCUGCGUACAUCCUCAUCGCUACUGGCUGUCUGAUCUUCUUCGUCUCUUUCCUCGGAUGUUUUGGGGCCCUCAAGGAAAUCAAAUGCAUGCUGCUCACGUACUUCAUCGUCGUGUUGCUCCUCUUUGUCGUUCUUUUAAUCGGAGGAAUUUUGGGCUACGUGUUCAGAGAUAAGGCUGAAACCACUAUCAAGCACUCUAUGACCAGCGCCAUGAAGGACUAUUCUUCUAACCCUGGAUCACCCAUCACCAAGGCUUGGGACGAGACCCAGAUCGCGAUGAAAUGCUGUGGUAUUGAAAGCCCCUUAACAGAAUGGCUCACAAAUAUUAACUUCAGUCUUGGAGGAAACUUAGUUCCUAAGUCAUGUUGUAAGAAGACAGAGGCUGGAGAGCUUAUGGAUUGUCAGAAGGCUCCCAAUGAUGCAAAUGCUUACCUGACUGGAUGCUACAGGAAAGCAACUGAAUUUGUUGCUAGUCAGGCUGUCAUCAUAGGUGGCGUUGCCAUCGCUGUUGCAGUAAUUAUGCUGCUUGGUCUCAUUUUGUCCAUUGCUCUCUUCAAAAUGAUUGAUUAAGCGAGACAAUCUCCUUUGUGAUUUGUUGAGGAUGUUGACUGUGUAGAAAAAAAGGAUUCCUAUAAGUGCUGUUCAUUUCAAUUACUGUUUCAUGGAACAUAAUGCCUCUGAUGCAAAGGCUAAUAAGUUAUUAACAUAGGAAGGUAGGUAUUUUGACUCCUCCUGUUGUAUGUGCAUAUUGUACGCGACUUGCUUGCGUGAUUUUGUGGUUAGUCUGUUUGUUUCAGUUAAUACAAGUUAUCUGCAUUGGAAGCAAUAUUCAUCACUCUACCUUUACAAACUGUCUUGUCUUGCUGGCAUAUAAUUGCUACAAAGAAACUAGUUUUGUUUAUUUCAUAAUAAUGAUACUGAGAGGACUUCUGAGACAUCUGAGAGAAAUCUUUUUCUACAGUGUAAUACAACCAGAUAUCACUUAUGAUGGUAAGAGACAGUAUACUACUAUAACAUUGCCAAAGAGGAUAACUUUUUUUUUUUUUUUUUUUAACAUUUCAUUUUACUUUAUUAUUUUCUUUUGAAUACUUUUUCUUUUGAUACUUAGUAUAUCAAUUUCAAUUAUAGAAGAGAAUGGAUAUUUUUUUAUUUGUAAUCUACAUGAAAUAGAUUGGGAAAAAGUGUUUAUGAGCAUAUGUACAUUUUACUGGCAUAUUUUCAAAAUUAUUGAAGUAAUUGUUACUUUUCAUAUUACAUACUAUGCUGUCAUGUCAUCAUAAUGUACAGAAUACCAUGUUGUAGAAUUGUAUCCUGGACGUCCAUUCAGUUUUAACAUCUUAACAUUUUCAACGAGAUUGGUCACAAUCUCAUAAUUUUCACGUAGUUUCCAGUAAUGACAAAUAUGCCUCUUAACAGAAGUUUUUUUCAUCGGCAUUUGCAUUUUGUAUCAUAGUGCAGUGCCACAUCAUCUCAUUUGGAUUAAACAUCAUCUUGUGUGGAUUAGAUAUUUUUAUCAAAGACAUACUGAACUUUCAUCUUGUGUCCCAUCUGUGUGUGUGUGUGUGUGCAGAUUUAUUAUUCUGUGAUAACAGGAUUUUUAAGCAUUACCUUGGUUGAUAGCAAAAUGACAGUUAAAUGGUACCACAAAAAAUUUACAAGUAUUAGCUCUUAGUUCUUUGAUUGCGUUGGUACUCCAUUAUUAUUAUUAUUAUUAUUAUUAUUAUUAUUAUACAUAUAUGUAUAUGUAUAUAACUUGGCCUCUCAAUAAUUAUAUUCAAAGUAUUCAGUCACUUGCCUUUGAGAAUUUGAACUUUCAGCCUUCCUGAAUAAAGCCUUUUAUUUUUCUAAUGCUUUUACAGCACGCGUUAGUAUUUUUGAAGAUUCAAAUGAUGUUAUGGGCACCUGUUCAUGCUGUAUUAAAUAUGCAUUUGUGUUGUAUGUUUAGGAUUGUGCCCUUAGCAGAUUAACAUUAUUUACAUAUUUAUUUUCAGCAAUUAUAAUUUUCGAAAUAUUCAUAAUGGAUCGCUGUGAACAGAUUUUGAGAUGAUAAAUGAUUGUAAAUGAAAUUCAGUGAAAAUAUCUAUACCUAUACCAUAUGUAUUCAUAAUUGCCAAGAACGAUGACUAUGCUAUAAGUAACUUGAGAUUGUUCAAGCAGAUAACUGUAUUAGAAGAAACAUCAGAAUUCCAUGGAAAAGUUAAUGAAAUCAUAGUCAUAUUCAUAGAAUUCAAGGAUCCUUUUGCCUUGCUUAGUUACAGUAUUCAUGGAAAGUUUCUUCAUCUUGUGAUAUAGUUAAGACAGUGAUGAUAUAGACAGUUUUUGAUGUUAUCUUUUGUUUAUUUAUCAUAGAUUAUAUUGUGCAAAAGUUUCUCAUCAGUGUCAUUGUAAUCAAGAUAGCAAUUUCAUAUUUAAGACUAAUUUUCCUAAAAUACUUGUCACAUUUUUUAGAAAGUUUUAUUACACGUAACACGAUCUGAGAAACACUGGUAAUAAUAAUUUUUUUACAUCUUUAAUAUGAAAUUGUUAACACAGGUGGUUUUCACUUCCAUCUGAUGUGAUGUAACGUUUUCUUGUAUCUCCAACAUGUAUUUUUGUAUUUAUCAAACUACAUAUUGUGAUUAUUAGCUUUUGAUGGUAAUAAUAUAUUGAGAUUAUUAGGAGAAAGAAAUUCAUAUGCUAAAAAAAUCCUACUGUUUACCAUACAAUACAUAAUUAUGUUGGCUUUGGUUUUUGUCAUGCUUUUUGACAUUACUACUAUUCAGAUUUUCAGUUUCAUUUCUCUUGCAACAAUGUACAGGUUUUCAUUUAUGGUAGCUUUGCCAGGUAAUUUUGGAGAUGCAGAAUGAGUGAUGAAAAUUAUCCUGGAUAGUAUUAUAAUAUAUAUUGCAGUAUAUAUAUAAAAAUACAGAUUUACUAUUACAGUAGUAUAGCCCCACUGAUAAAUGUCUGUAGAGGUAUGAAGUACUGUUUUUGUUUAGGUUUGUUAAAGGAGGAUCUUCUUGGGUAUAUUUAAACUUUUGGAUUUUCUGUGCAUAUCAUCAUACAGGAGUUGUAAGUAUAGUACGGUAAUGUACUGCAGUAUUUAGUAUUAAGGACUGUUGGCACUGUUGGCAUUAUAACUGAUUAAAAUGUGCUACCUUUUAAAGACUUUACAAAAAAAAAAAAAAGCUUUAUUUGGAAAGCUUCAAGUUUUUUCAUGACUGCAUGAGGAUAAAUAGUUUCAAAAUACUACCACAGAAGAAACUUUGUAAAAGAACGGUUAAACUAAUUUGCUAAACAAAUGAUAAAUUAUGAAUAUUUUGGACUUGAAAAAGAAGUGUGGAAGUGUGUGUGUUAACUAGUGCUCUCAAAGAUUGUCAGUUAGGUCCACAUUUGGUUGUUGCCAAGUCAUUAUGAACUUCAAUAUUUUAUAUACAUUAUUAUUUCUGAGAAAUUUAUGAAAGGGUGUAUCCACAGAACAAUGAAUAAAAAAGAAAUGCAUUUACAGGCUUUGAUGUUUGUUUGAUUGCAAGUCAUUCUGAUGAAAUGUUUGCAUAGUAAUUAAUGAAUGUCGAGUGCUUUUUGAGAGCAUCUAAUGCAGUUUUGUGAAUCAGAGUCAUUACCCAUACUGUGUAGUUAAGCUUUUUCUCAUGACCUUUGUGAUACCUUAGAUACUUGUACUAUGUAUAAAUCUUUAACUUUAUAGUAGAUGAUAGAUUUUCAUUCAUUUUUAAUGCCAUUAUAGGAUACAGUUUUUGUGUGAACAAUGAUUCUAUUCAAGGUUUUAUUGUGUUUUAGAUUUUGAUGAAUGCAGAACAGUGCAAAAAGUAAAGUUCACAUUUUAAACCAGUAUUGAAACAAACAUUGCCAAGUACAAAGCAUCAUAUUUUUAUUUUUUAUUUUUUUAGUGGCAACCUAGUCAGCGGUAUUAAUUUUAUAAGGAAAAGGGUGAGUAAAUUAAACAACUGCCUCCAUAUUGUGAAUCUAGAUUGGUGAUGUUAUUUUAUUAUCUUUUAAGUGAAAACCAACUGCUGUUAUGAUUGAAAUACAGAAGCCUACAUUACUGCAGAGCUAAAGUACAUUGUGCACAAAUAUUUUCUUUCUUCUACUAUUAUGUAACUAGGUAUAUUGAGUCUAGUAGCUCAAAGCGUUUUCUGCUAAUGUCUACAACAAGCCACCUUAUGAGUAUUCUUCCCAAAGCAUCCGCCUGUUAUUCCAGUAAAUAUCAAGAAACGAGAAAAACAGAAAUUUCUUGUUAUUUUUUAUUACAUGCCAUAUGUUUUCGUGGUUGGUCAUGUAAGGUAUAAAACAAAGUGCAUAAAUAAGGUAAAAAUGGUUUUGAAUUUUGACAAAACAAAAACAAGAUGGAAAAAAUUCAAGAACAUUUGCCAACUUGAAAAAUUUCUCUUCUGUAAAAACUUGUUACCCUCUGCUAUGUUUACAUCAAGGAAAAUCAAACUGAUAACAUUUGUAUCUGAAUAGUACACAUUUAUGUUGGACACCAUACACAAAUGCCAGAUGAGGAGACUCAAAUAGAUUUUUGUGCACGUAUCAAUAUGGAUAUGGCAUCUAUCACCUGUCAUUCAUGAAAAGAAUUUUAACUAUUGUUUUGUGAUAUUCUUUAUUAAUAAUUCUUAUGAAGGAAAGUUUUCACCAUGUGCUUUAAGUGAUAUUGUAUAUAGACCUUUGCAAGCUAUUGAAAACAUUGUACAGUAGUAGAAUUUGCCUCUAGGUGGAUGUGCAGCUAUGAAAGAUUUAAUGAUUUGGGGAAGUGAAAACUUGAUUAUGGAUGAGCAAACAUGCAAUACCUGACUUUAUGAGCAUUUAUAAAUUAAACAUGUGAAGAGCUGCAGUGCCCAGAUAAAACAACAUACUCCCCAUAAACAGUAUAGUGGUAACACAGUCUCCAUGAUAAAUGAGUGGCAGGCUUUAUGAUAUCAUGAGACUGAUAAAUUAUAGCAGAUUAAACCUACAAAGUAGUAUAGGAGUCAGUCAUCAGUACAUAAGGUAUUAAAGGUAUAUAUUAUCUUGUGUAUAAGAAUUAGGCACACCUGUUUUAAUAUGAAUGCCAUCCCAUAUGAUCCACUGUUUGUAAAGAAAGAAGUACAUUAACUGCCAGUGGAAACUGACAAUAUUGGACACACACACCUGUCUUAGAAAAUUUUGUUCAGAAGCUACAAUCUUUCCCACAUAUCCAUGGUAUUUAAGAAUUAAAUUAGAUACGAAAUUCAGCAUACCGGUCUGGUUAAGCUGUUUUACAACUUGUUGAUUACAAUUGGCGGCGUUAGUAAAUAAAAUGAGUUUCAGGUCUGUGCGAAAAAGCAUGUUCUGAUUACUCACCUUCAGUUGCAAUAAGUUAGCUGUGUGUAAUCUUUGUAACCUUAGUAAGUUCUUUUCAAAACUAAGGUAGAAUGCUGAACGUUUCUUUAAUUUUUUUCAUGUAGUGCUAAUAAUGUUACCUUUACAGAUAUUCCAUAUUAUUUGUACUUUUUGAUGAUCAGAACCAUUAUCACUAAGAUACUGGUUUGAAUCACGUGAUUUAAUCUGUUCUUCAAAUGACUCUACAGAAUUUCUAUACUUGAGAGUUAUAUCUUUUCUGUCUCUUUGAGAUUGAGUAAAUACUAAUGCCGAAUUGAUGAAAAUGGAUGAACAGCACAAAUAGAGCUUCCCUCUGUAAGAAAGAAUAUAAGAAUUUUCUUUUAAAAGUUGCAUUUCCUUUUUAAACUGUAAACCACUGGACAAAAUUCUAUUGCUUUUUGUAAUCAAAGUAUGAAGGCUUGAAUGUAAUAAUAACUUUUCUUUGAAAUAUGUAACUUUUUUCUUUUGAAUAUGUAAGAACUUCUUAACCAGCAGUAUAAGUAUUGUGAGAGGAGUUUAAUUUGUUUAUAGUACUAAGGCAGUGCCUCUUAUCAUGUUUAUUAAAAACUGCAAGUGACAUUAUUUAUAAAUUGAUGGAAUAGCCAUUGUUUACAUAAUUUUAUUGCAUCAAAAGUAAUAGAAAAUUAGUCUAAAAGCCAAAUUACAUCUAGAAUAAUUUUCAGUGCACAAUUAUUUAAUUUAGAUUUUAAAGUCCCAUCAGAUAUUGCUCUUCAAAAUACUGAGCGUUUUAUACGUGAUAUCUUCAAAAUUUCUAUCUAGUAUUUGGUAUGGUUAGUGAAAUUAUGUCCAUCUUUCAGCUUGUAAACUGAUAGGUAUGCUUACUUUGUGAUUGAUACUGAUUAACCAGAGUAUUUAUGGUGAAGAGAAAUUCCUGUUAAAAACAUUAAAACCAUGUGUAAAAUUAUCUUCUGUCUUUGAGCUUUGCAUUACAGAAAUUGCUUUCUCUUUUCUAUAAGCUUUUUGUGCUUAAUGUUGGAAAUUGGAAAAAAAGUUGGUGUUGAGAGUUAAAGUUUUCAGGCCAAUAUAAAACUGCCAAAUGAUGCAUCUUUAAAUUGUUGGUAUUUUAAUCCCGUGUAGUCACUGGUAAAUGAAAUGUAAUUAUUCAUAAAUAAAUGUAGGAUUAAUACAGGCAACAACUCUAUGUUGUUCCUCAUAGUAACCGUAGUAUGUUGAGAAUCUCAAAACUAUUUUUGUAUUUUUUCUGUAGUCUUAGCCUUAAACCAUAUUGUUCAAAGGAGGUCAUCUUUCAUCUGAAGUUUUAAAAGUUUAAUUAAAGUCGUUAUAGAACAAAAUUUCAGUGUUAUUCUUGGGAGAGACAUGAUGAGCCACUGCUCUUUGGAAUAAACUUAAACUAUGAAAUAGGUUUUUAUUAUGCUUUUGGUAGUCAUAGAAGGUCAAAGGUGUGAAAAUGGUGAAAAUAUCUAUUAAAAAAUAAACUGUCAAUUGUGAUACACAGUUUCAAAUUCAUAACCAGAAUUUCUUUGAAGUACUUUGCAUAAUACUAUAAUGGCAAUUGUUGAUUGGAAUUUUAUUGACUGGUUGUUAAUUCCAAUAUUAUGCACACAGAUACAGUAUAUUACCCAGAGCUGCAACUGCAGGUAUGAAAUUGCAAGUUUUGCCAUUUUAUUUUAUCGUAUGAUUGAUCUGUAGCUCCUUUGGAUACCUUGUCAUAUAUGUACAUUUUCAGUGCUUUUAUAUUAUGUAUUAUGAUUACCCUUAAGAGGCUCACUUUUUUUUUAUUAUUGAUCAUAAAAGUAGCUACGUGCUUGAUAUGUUGGUGCAGUACCUGUUCUGCAUGAUGAAUGAGGCUAAACAUUCAUUAUGCAAAACUUGUCUUGCAGGUGUGAUCUUCACUCUAAAUAACAAUUUACGAUGACUGGCAUAAAUUUUAAAACAUUGCAUUAAUUAGAAUAAGAUGCAGAAAAUAUGUAUUUUACCGACUUGUUCCGCAUACUGUAAUUUUUUACUUACAAUUUAAUCACUCUUGGAUAUGAAUGAAUGGUUAGGUACUGGUAUCUUUCAUACUGGUAUCUUUCAAAGUUCAAAAAUAUUGUGGUUUAUGUAUGUGCAAUACAUUAAAAGAAAGGUUUUGAACAUACAAUAAUCUCUUGUUUUGAACAUACAAUAAUCUCUUGUUUUGAACAUACAAUAAUCUCUUCAAGACACUGCCAGUCUUCAUAAGUUUUAUUUGUUCAAAUUUCUAUAAAAUUAUACAGAUUAAAAGAUGUUUGACUUUCUUACUGAAACUAUUGAAUGAACCUCAACAGUCGUUAUACAAUUGACUUAUAUAGUAGCUUGCUCUUAGGACUGCCAUUCAAUUUUAUCAUGUAUUCUACGAUUAUAAACUAAAUACUGAACUGGCUUGAAUGAAUAAACCAUUUUAAUGACAUUUGAAGGUAGUUACUACCUGGUUGGUUGUUGAUGGUGUAUGUAAGUUAUUAGAGAAAAAGCCCAUUUUAGAGUGAAGACAUCCAUGAAAUUGGAGAAAUGAUUCAUCAAUUCACUUUACUGGCAUGACAUUUCAUUACUGGUAUUUAAAGGAAGGGAACUUUAGUGGGUUUUUUCAGAAUUUCAUUAUUGUGUAUGCUUGUAAAAUUGGUUAGCAUCAAAGCUCUGAAAAUAUAAUUUGUAGUUCUUACUAAUGUGUAUGAUGAGUUUGUGAUCUAGGUCAUUGUUGACACCAAAGUUUCUUGCUUUUAAGAUUUUGUAAUGCAGUGUUAGGAUUUAUUUUUUUUUUAGAUAGGCUUUAUUUCUUAAUAAACUGAGGUAGUGUAUUGUACAUGGGUACUGAAUGAAAGUGCCCGGGAGUUUAAGGCCAAAACUGAAAAGCUACAUGUGCAAAGCAUUUGUGCCUUGAAUCUAUUAUUACUGAUUUUGUUAUAAAUAAAAAUUGUGAUAUAAUUUAUUCAUGUCCAUUGUACUUGUAUUUCAUUGUAAUGUGAAAUAAAUGUAUUAUUACA